CUCACCCGCGGGAACCAAACAGGGGAAUCCCCGCAGCAUGGCCAUUUCCACGCCUCCCCUGAUCCCAUCUGAUUUUGCCGCCGCUUACAGUUCAGUCGGGCGGAGGGCGAGGGGCGAGGCCGGGCUGCUGGUGGAGGGGCCGCUACCUGGAGCAGGAACAUCUGUCUGCUUCUCCUGCUCCCGGCUUUGAAGAUGGAACAGUUGUUUGAAUCCGACGCGGUGUUCAAUGAGCUAUGGACUUGCAUGCAGUCCAGCAAAGAUUUUGAGGAGGAACUUCAUAAGGACCUGACCCUGGAGACUUUUGCCCUUCCUUUCCCAGAGGAGGGCAGUGCCCCCCAGGCGGGCGAGCAGAGCAGCGAGGGCAUAAUCCUCCCCGCCACCUCGGCCGUCCCUUCCACUGAAGACUACCCUGGCGAGCACAAGUUUGAGCUGGCAUUUGAGGCGUCGGGGACCUCCAAAUCUGUCACCUGCACCUACUCACCGGAUCUCAACAAGCUCUACUGCCAGAUGGGCAAGACUUGCCCCGUCCUCAUCAAAGUGGCCACGCCGCCCCCUCCCUGGGCUGUCAUUCGCACCACAGCCAUCUUCAAGAAGUCUGAGCACAUCGCUGAGGUGGUCAAGCGAUGCCCGCACCACGAGCGCUCUGGCGAGGGCAGCCGCGAAGGCAUCGCCCCCGCCGAGCACCUGAUCCGGGUGGAAGGGAACCGGCAGGCCCAGUACUUAUCCGACCAGAACACCAAGCGCCACAGCGUCGUCAUUCCCUACGAGGCACCCCAGCUGGGGACGGAGAGCAGCAAGAUUCUCUACAACUUCAUGUGCAACAGUUCCUGCCAGGGGGGCAUGAACCGCCGCCCCAUCCUGAUCAUCAUCACCCUGGAGACCCAUCUGGGCCAGCUUCUCGGACGACGCUGCUUUGAGGCCCGGGUCUGCGCCUGCCCAGGCCGGGACCGCAAGACGGAGGAGGAGAACUUCAAGAGAAUGCCUCCCUCUGGAAUUAACGCCAAGAGGAAUAAACUCGAAUCUGACGGCGGCGGGAACACCAAGAGGAGUCGACUGGAAGCCGGCAGCGGGAACGCCAAACAGUGCAAGUCUGAAGAGGAGUCGUCCCAGGAAUGGUCGGGGAGCCCAGGAGCGUCUUUCUCUCAGAGCAGUGAUUCAGGAGGCUCCAAGAAGCGGAUCGUAGAGGCUCCCAGCGGCGUCGGCAGUAGCACUGAAGGAAGAGUUUAUACCAUCCAGACUCGUGACCGGAAGCUGUACCAGCUGCUGAAGAAAAUAAAAGAAGCCAUCGAGUUUCAAGAUUUGAUGAAGCAAAACAAGGAGCCGGCCAAAGUGCUCCAGAAGAAGAUGGCUGUGGUUGUGAAGGACAACUGAAUAGGGGUGCUGCUUCUCCUAUCCCCCCCUGUUCCCCUCCCCAACUCCUCACCCCAUUUCCCCUCCCAAAGUCCCUUCUUAUGGUUGAGCCAUUCUCCAGCCUUCUGAUUGGGCCAGGUCACAGCAGUGCUGAACCUCCCUGGACCAAUCCGGGUUUCCCUAAUAGCUGCUGCGGGAGGGGUGCCUCUUUCUAUCGCCCCCCCUGCCAUCAAAUGGUUUGGGACAGGCUGCAUUCUCCUAAUUGCACAAGGUAACUGCCAGUUCUUGUUUUUUUCCUGAACUGCCUCACUGAGGAGUAGAGAACUGUUGCUCUGUCAAAACUUCGUUUUUUUAAUUUUUUAUAAAAAUUGAGUUUCUCAAACAGUAUUUCUUUUUUUAAUUUCUAUUUUUAUUUUACAAAAGAGAUGCUGCUUAGUUCGUAACACGGGUGGCGGAGCGCUGCAACCUGCCCCACAUGUAUUUCCCCAGGCGAGGGCUUGUUAGGGAGCGGGAAGGGUGAAAUGUUGAGCUCUCGUUUCUACAGGGGGGGCUCUAAUUCAGUUCAGUAUUAGACUGUGGAGACCCGGUUAUACUCCACAUUCCUUGACCGCGCAGCCUUUCCCCCAACCUGGUGCGCCCACCGGGCGCUCUGUACUACAGUUCCCAGCCCUCUGUGCUGGCCAUCGCUGUCAGGAGUUGAGCACCAGAACAUCUGGAAAGGCAAACCAGGUUGGCAAUGGAGGGUGUGUGUGUGUGUUUCCAAAUAAAAUAAUCAUGGAAGGUAGAAAAA